CAUCUUAAAUGUGCCACUUAUACAGGAAACUGUGGCUCCAUUUCAAGUGAAGUGAGAAUAAACACUGCUUGUUACAGCUUAACUCAAGUGCCAGAUGAAAUGUAAAAGAUGUCACAGACACUGCUCUUCAUUAAGCUGCUGUUGGUGCAUCACACAGCCCAGAGUCUGACAGAAACCCAAGCACACUGCAAUGACAAUGUCUCACUGAAGUGUGCAGAUGACAUUGACAGCAUGGAUUUUCUCUCAGUGACAUGGUACAAGAUCACAGAUGAGAAAAAACGAGGCAUUAUCAGGAGAGGUAAAGGCGACAGCCAAACCCAGAACUACACAUUCCCUCGUGAAGCCAAGUUUGGAUCUGGAGGCACGUACAGUUUGGUGCUCUUCAGUGUGAAGCCUGGGGAUUCAGGCACCUACGAGUGUGCCAUCAGUGCAGAUAUAGGAGGUCGAAAUCAGAAUCACGAAGUCAAGCUACUGGUUCAUGAGUGUGUGACCCGGGCUGAACUGACAACAGCAACAGCUGUGCUGAACUCGACUCUGUCCACACUGCCCUGUCAACAACAAGCCGAGGACCUGCCAGUUGUGUGGAGUGUUGUCGGCUACGUGGCCAUCGGCCUCGUCAAAAUCUUUUUAUGCGUCAUCAGCAUCUUGGUUAUUCGCAUCAGGUCUUCAAAACGGCGGCUGCGCAGGUGGUGAAGCUGCCUGUUUGGACACUUCAGGGAAAUCAUGUAAAUACACAGACACAUCAACAAGUGGAAGGGAUUUUAUUUUGUAGUUUUUAUUUAUUCUACUUUACAUGUUUGAUUAAUGUGUUUUUCUGGUACUUUCAUUUUGAAAAAAGUGGAGCGGACAUAGGAGGAUGUAAGGUCUCUACAGAGGAACAAAUACAGCAGUCAAGCAAGCACGUCAUUUGUAAACUGAAUCUAUUGCACUAUAUCUUUUUACAUUUUACAGUAAUUUCAACAAACCUCUGAUAUGCUACUAACACUGAACAGCAGGCUUCGAACUGCAAAGUUUAUCACUUAAAUCUAAAGUAUUCUACUGAUUCUGUGUUAUUAGUAAAUGAUAAAAAUAAAUAUCCCCUAUGAAAACUAACCAAA